UUGGCUGCGCAGAGGAGGCUGGGGCUUUAAUAAAGCAGGAGCCGGGAGAAUGCAGAGCAGUCGGCUUGUCCUCCCUGGGUCCCUGCAACCAUCCACUCCAUUUCCCUCUCACUCCCUCGCUCUGUUCAGAGGUCCACCUCGUUCACUGUGCCUGCGAUGGCGUCUGGAGAGCCCCUGCACAUGAAGACCCCCACCCGGGACAGCAUGGCCCUGUCCAAAGUGGCCGGCACCAGCGUCUAUCUCAAGAUGGACAGUGCCCAACCCUCUGGCUCCUUCAAGAUCCGGGGCAUCGGGCACUUCUGCAAGAUGUGGGCUGAGCAAGGCUGUGAACACUUCGUGUGCUCCUCUGCGGGCAACGCAGGCAUGGCGGCCGCGUAUGCCGCCAGGAAGCUGGGCAUCCCUGCCACCAUCGUUGUGCCCAGCACCACGCCGGCCCUCACCAUCCAGCGGCUCCAGGGCGAGGGCGCCAUGGUCAAGGUCGCGGGGGAGGGUUUGGACGAGGCCUUCCAGAUGGCCGAGGCCCUGGUGAAGAACAACCCCGGCUGGGUCUACGUCCCGCCCUUCGACGACCCCCUCAUCUGGGAAGGCCACACCUCCAUCAUCAGAGAGCUGAAGGAGAGCCUCAGCGCCAAGCCCGGCGCCAUCGCGCUGUCCGUGGGUGGCGGGGGGCUAUUGUGCGGCGUGGUCCAGGGGCUGCAGGAGGUGGGCUGGGGGGACGUGCCCAUCAUCGCCAUGGAGACCAUCGGUGCCCACAGCUUCCACGCCGCCACCACCGCGGGCAAGCUGGUCUCCCUGCCCAAGAUUACCAGCGUGGCCAAGGCGCUGGGCGUGUGCACCGUGGGGGCGCAGGCCCUGAAGCUGUUUCAGGAGCACCCCAUCUUCUCCGAAGUCAUCUCGGACCAGGAGGCUGUGGCCGCCAUUGAAAAGUUUGUGGACGACGAGAAGACCCUGGUGGAACCGGCCUGCGGGGCAGCGCUGGCCGCCGUCUACAGCCACGUGGUCCGGAAGCUGCAGGGAGAGGGGAAGCUGCGGGCGCCGCUGCCCUCCCUGGUGGUCAUCGUCUGCGGGGGCAGCAACAUCAGCCUGGGCCAGCUCUGGGCCCUCAAGGAACAGCUGGGCAUGAGGAACGGGCUGCCCAAGUGAGGACCCGCCCAGGCGCCUCGGGCUUGGCCAACCCGGGUCCAGCACGACCGGCCGCUGUGCAGAGGGGCCAGGAGGUCAGCAGCGGCACGGCCAUGGACAGGCCCCCUUGCGCGGCGGUCCUCAGCCACCCCUGCUGGGGCGACAACUGCGGACAGCACCAGGUCCCCAGAGCGGGAGGCCCCGGGCCUCGGGGACCUGCCUGAACUGCUCCGGAAGGCGAACGGGGCCUGGUCCAGGCCGCAGGGCCCUCGUCCUCCCUUCAGGAAGCCCCACCCCCACUCCUUUUUCUAACGAGCACUUUUUCAUGGAAAAGAAAACUGUAUUUAUGAAGCGAA